AUGUUCACUUUUGCUGCCUUCUGCUACAUGCUGUCUCUGGUCCUCUGUGUGUCCCUGAUCUUCUUCGCAAUAUGGCACAUAACAGCUUUUGAUGAGCUCCAGGCUGACUUCAAGGUGCCGAUCGAUCAGGGCAAUCCACUCCAUGCGAGGGAGAGACUGCGAAACAUCGAGAGGAUCUGUAACCUGCUGAGGAAGUUGGUGCUGCCAGAAUACUCCAUCCAUGGACUGUUCUGCAUCAUGUUCCUAUGUGCCCAGGAGUGGCUGACUGUGGGCCUCAACAUCCCCCUGCUCUUUUACAACACGUGGAGGUACUUCCAUUCCCCAACGGACACUAAGGAGCUGCUCUACGACCCGGCAUCCGUGAUGAAUGGCGACACACUCAAGUUCUGCCUGAAGGAGGCCUGGUGCAAGCUGUCCUUCUUCGUCCUCUCCUUCUUCUACUAUCUCUACUGUAUGAUCUACUCCUUGGUUACCUCAUAA